GGGCCGCGUGGCCUAUUUUAUCCCCUUUCUGCUUCCCAGUUUCUCUACCGUUGCCUAUACUUGUCCUUGCUAGAGUAACGUCUUUCUGCUAGUUUGACGUUCAUUAGAUAAGCAAGUUUGUUUCGUGUACAAGUUCGGUUUAUUUUCGCCUAUCAAAUUAGGACGAUCGACGUCACCGUUUAUUUUUUCAUCUGUAUGCCUUGCGUACGCUCUCAUCUUUUCAAAUUUUCCAUGAAUGUUUCUAUAGUCUUCCCGCAGCUGUUGGUAAUGCAAAUACCCUUCUUUAAUUUGAAGUUUACAAGAUGGUGUUUGUCUUCGAGCUCGAAUUUUAGCUGAGAGUAGAAAUGUGAAGAAUGAUAGGAUAUUUGCAAGCAGUAUAUAGCAUUCAAUCUAAUAUCUUCUAUGAAUAAAAUAAGACGAAAUUGAUUUAGCUCGGUGGUGAUGCGGGGAUGUGGAUCUGUUUUGAUCCUAUAGGAAGCCGAGUAGGCUGGCGUGCUUCUAUUUUAUUCUUUGUAUUCUUUUAUUGGACAUCUUUUGGUAUUGAUGCCAGCUUAACGAAUGCAGCUGCAUCUAAUGUUCCUCGUAAUACUGUUACAUCGGAAGUGACGCUACCGAUUUCGACGCAUCAUGAAGACGACGAAUGUAGGAAUGUGACCACUGAUACAAGAACGGCUACUGGUUGCCAACCCUAUCAAGGAAUUUCUGUGAAUCACAUCUACUUUCAACUAGCAAAUGCCUUCUUUCUAUUGUCACACCUUGCACCAAGUGGCAUACACGGUGUACUCUAUUUAAGGUGCACUCUACUCGUGGGCUGUGCCUUUCUUGCUUUGUGGGGCUGGACAAUAGCUUGCUGGCUGGACGCUGCUCUCUGGAAUGCUCUGUUUGUUGCCAUCAACUUCGUCCAUGUAUGCACGCUUCUUUACAAGCUCAGGCCUAACAAGUUUUCAAGGGAAGUUGAAGAGGUAUAUAUAGCAGUGUUCCAGCCAUUAAGAGUAUCGCGUCAUCAGUUCAAAAAAGUAUUAAAUUGUAUGAAGGUUAUACGACAGUUGAAGUAUCAAGAAGUUUAUGCACAAGAGAAAGUCACCAAAGUUGAUUCAUUAUCUUUGGUACUUUCUGGAAAAUUAGUAGUAUCACAAAAUGGAAGAGCAUUACACAUUGUCUUCCCACAUCAGUUCCUGGAUUCUCCAGAAUGGUUUGGUGUUUCCACGGACGAGUACUUUCAGGUAUCAAUAACAGCUAUGGAGGAGUCAAGGAUAUUAUUAUGGCAUAGAGACAAGUUAAAGUUAAGCAUAAUUAAUGAUCAAUUUCUGCAGGCAGUGUUUGAUCAUAUUUUGGGAAGGGAUGUAGUUAAAAAAUUGAUGCAGGUUAGUGAAACAAUGGCUGUUAGUAGUCAUCAACAACAAAAUGGACAAGUAAUUGGUUUGAGUGGUAUCGGAGCCUUAGAAAAUGAUCCUGACACCAAACUUUUCGUUGUGAAAAAGACUGGCGACAGUCAAGGUAUUACUGCUCUCAUCAGUCGUCAACUUCAAGAAGAAAGAAUGCCGCUGCUGUACACGAGUCAGGAAGUGCUGAACAACACUUUGCAUCAUAUCAAUCACCUACGUACACUUCCCUUAGAUCCUGUGCAACACAACAAUGUUCAGUCUUCCUUAUAAUAUCCCCGUGUCACAGGCCGUGCACUUACCUUAGCACAAAUUUGUACGUGAUAUGUAUGUAUUAUGUUUCUACAAUGGAUAUCCAUAUGUUAUACAAAUAUCAUUGGGUAACUUCAUUUGUUAUUUUCUUCUGGUUAUUGUAUUCAGCAGCAGGAGAUCCAAAUGCAUGGAGAUUGGGAAGAAUUGAAGAGACUGAUCACGAAACACCUGUUUAAUGAAAUGAUUGUUAGAUGAAUAUCAUCCUCGGCAGUCAAUAUAAAGUAACAUCGGUCUUUUUACAUAACUCGAAAUAACGAUGAAAUGUAUUCGACAUCACCGAAAACAUGGCAUGGUAUGCUAUGUGUGGAACAAUUAAACAUUCUCUUGCCAAUUACUAAUUUUUCCCACAACUAGUCAAGUAUUAUUAACAAUGGAAGAAAAUAAAAAACAUUUCAUCGUUUAUAGCAUAAUGGUUCCAUCCUAGUUUAUAAAAUGAUAUAUGACUAAAAUAUUACUUUAUGCUUCCAAUGUACUGUUAAAUACCACCAAAACUGAUUUAAGAGUGGCAGUUUCUAAUUUACACUGAUUUUCCUCUUAACAUGCAUAUGUUCAAUACAGAACAAACAAGACUUUACAUGUGUAACAGAAUGGAAGUUGUUCAAUCGCAGCGGCGUAACUUCUUCACCGAAAGAUCUGUGAUUUACUGGAAGUGUAUGGUAGAGAGAAAGAUAGGGAGGCCUAAAUACCUGAUUGUUUCCCAUACCCAGAUAUAGUGCCUUUUUACUUGCAUUUCAUUUAUUCAUUUUUUAAGAAAGAUAUAUAUACAAUAUUAUUGUAUACUAAUUUACAUAUUCAUUCAAUAUCUUUUAAGAAAGUUGCUGUUGGAAACUCAUAUAUCCUAGUAAGCUAAACGAUGACAUUUUUUGUCUUUCCUAGCAUGGGACCAUUUUGAACUGGUCUUUACUUCAAAAGAGUGUGGCAGAAACAUCAUUCACCAAGCAUGAGCAUGUUGGUUACUGUCAUCAUUGGUAUUUUCUUUAUCCUUUAUCCUUAUAAAUUUCAUUGUUUUGUAUUCAUCAUUUAAUUAAGAAUUGAUAUAAUAUUCAAUAGAAUCCACGCAUUUAAACAAGUUACGAUUGCGCACUGAAAUGUAUAAAAUGGCACGGAAAACUUUAUUUUUGUAUCGGAGAUUUUGAUUAUAGAUCAGUUUAUUCGAUAAGGUAAACAUUGUGAAAUCGAGAUUUUGGCAAAUGGCUUUCGUGUACGCUAUUUUAAUGUGUGCAUCAGGUUGUUUUUGUUAAAUGUUUCACUUAAUCAGUUAAUGAGUGGUUUUUCUUAUGGAGUUAUCCUUGUUUGCUGAGCUGCAUUUUUAAUUCUAGGUAAAUCUUAUCGUGGUCAUUGAAUUUCAUCUUAUGGUUAUUUUACUCAGUUUUGUUUAUGUAAGAAGCUCUUGAUGAUACAUGAUGUCUCUAACUCACUGGCAGUUUCCGCCGGCAACUAGUUGUUUCCGCCAUCGAAACUAUUCUGAAAUAGUUUCGAAGGAUUAUCGCGCGAAUCAUAAUAUUUCAUAAUACCAUUAGAUAAUGGCGUUCAGAAUAGAGAACGAAACAGGAAGUUACGCCAAAAAGCGCUGGAUGAUAAUAAAAUUGCAACGUAAGCUACAUUGAUGAAAUAUUUAUAUUGAUAUACAUUGCUGAUAGAGAAAUAAAAAUGCAUAUAACUUUUAAUGGUAAAAUGAUCGGAAAUCGUUACAAUAAUGAUAAUAUAAUCACGAUUAUUGUUACUUUGUUUGAAAAACCAAUAUUAGUAUUGCUUAUAAUUUACUUACCACUGAAAAUUUUCAUUAGAACGAAUUAUUAUUAUAAUAAUAAGCGAUACAAGCAAAGAAAAUUCAAUGCGCACAGAGAGACAAAUGUUUCAUUAUGUACUUAUGUGCAAUGUUUGUAAGACAGUUUUUAAUUUGCUUUUUUUUUUCAAAAAAAAAAAAACAAUUCGAAAAUUCUUUUGAACGAAAAUAGUGAAAGUAUUACGUACUGAAAUUUAAAAUAAAAAUCUCAGGUUUCGAUGAUUGGAUACAGUUUUAGGAAAAGAAAAUAAAGAAACAAAGAAUCUCUUUGAAGACAGUUUGGUAUAGUCUUUAGUAAAAUGCAUUAAAACAUUUUAAAUAUUACUAAUUAUCAAAUUCAUGCCCAGUUAAGGUUGUAAUACAUACUAUUAAGACUUUUUAUAUGUAAAAUUAUAGUUCUGAGCAUAUUCUAUUUUAAAUAUUAUGUAUUAUUUAAAAAUUGAAUAAUUAUCCUAUCAUGUGUGCAAAGUACAUGUCGAAUAUUGAUUUAUUUCUUAUAAUUAGAUAUUUGACCGUAUAAGUAUAUAGUCAAAAAGUUAGACUGUUUUUCUAUACAGUACUAAAUUGAAAAAAGAUGAGAGCUAUGUGAUUUAAUUUUACUCUAAUACUAUUCACGCAUGUAUGAGAAGUGUAAAUGGUUUGUUCAAUGAAUGUAAAACUAUUUGUUACUCAACUUUGUUGUUUAUUGUUUCUCAUUGUUAUGAUUAUAUGUGGUAUCUUCUUAGUAUGCAGAUAGGUAAUACAAAGAGAUACAAAUGAAGUGGAAACAAAUCUAAAUCACAUUGAAUACAAUAACGAAAAAUUUAAUGAUGAAAGGAAUAAAGAAAGUUAGUUUUAGAAAAAAAAAAUAACACAAAUUACUCCUUAUAUCUGCAUCCUUUUCCUUGUUACCUACGAAGAUUUAGUCUAAUUAAUUUAUUUUAUUUUAUUAAAUUGUAGAUAUCUUUUAAAUACAAAGACUUGGUUUUUUAACUUACUAUCGAUGGAACGUGUACUGUUACAUAUUGUAUAACAACUGUUAAUUUAUACAAACUUUUAUGUACAAGUUAUUUAGAUGAAAAUAAAUUCCUUGUACGAAAAAUUAAGAAAGUGGAGAAAAAGACAAAGUAAUUUUGCCCUUUACGAGUCAAACAUCAACUAUUUAUUUUUUGUUUCUUAAAUUCAAACGUUUUGUUUUGUAUACUUAUAUCUAUGUUUAUGAAUAGCAUAUAAUACAUAAUUGUAUAGUAUGUAUAAAAAUAGAAAUGCAAUAAUGAGUUAUAAAAAUCAUUUCUUUCUAUAUUUUUUGUAUGUCGCUGACAAUUAAAUUAUAUAAGCCUAAAAUUAAACGGUUUUGAAUUCUCAGAACCGUCUUAUUCGAGCUCCUUUAAUACUAAUAUCAAUUAAUUAAUAUUAAUAAUGUAAUACUAAUUAGUAGGUAUACAGGGUGUCCCAGAAUUAGUAUAGAAAAAAUGAUGAAUGGUGCUUUGUUUUUAAAUUAUUAAUGAAAAACGAAGCAACGUCCGACAUUUUUGCAAAGGAAAUUGUGGUUCAGAAUAGUCUCAGCUACCUCCCAUUUCGUGGUACAUAAUUGUGCCAUCCCUGCGCGUUCAGUGAACGCCGUUCACACGCCGAGUCACCAUUACUACGCGUUGUGGGAAUCCAUAGUCGGUGAAAAGAGAUACUUUUUGGCAGGGCUGGAUGUAACACGAGGCAUCAACAUAUCCUUAUUAUAAAUACAACAGUGUUAAAUAUCCAGGAUAUUGAAUUUCCAAUGACAUUGAAUCAAAUAAAAAAGUUUGAACAUCUCAACAUCUCCAUCAAGGUCGAUAUGACUCACUGAUAAGAAGAUGAAGAGGCAUAUCAGUUUGUUGUAUUUAGAAGGAGUAAAUUGAGUAAACAAAUUGUCAAAAAUACUUUUGCAAUAGAUGCUUGCACUACUUUAGUUCGAGGAAGAAGCUGGAAGCUCACACCGUGGAUUGUGAGGAGAUGAAUGAUUUCGCAAUCGUAUUGCCAAAUGAUGACAGCAAGUGGCGCAGCUUCAGCAACUGCAACAGGAAAAAGGGUUCCAUUUAUCGUGUACGCAGAUCUGGAAUUCAUCUUGGAGAAAAUGAAUACUGAUCGAGAAGCGUCAAGAUACACAUACCAGCAUCAUAGAGUAUUUAGUGUGGGACAUUAUGUGCACAUCAUGUAAAGUCCAUUUUAUCGAUCAAUGUAUCCAUGGAAAAUUUAUCAACUGAACAAUUGCAAAAUUUUAAUACUGCUGCACACUGUCAUACAUGCGAAACACUGUUUGCACGAGAUGACAAGUGGGUACGCGAUCAUUUUCAUUUGACCGAUCAACUUAUCUGGUUACGAUCCACAUUUUAUUAUCAAAGAGAUAGCCACAGCAUUCGAGGGUGUUGUCAGUGUAUUGCCUAUAACAAACGAAAAGUACAUUUCAUUUAUAAAAUACAUUGAAAACAUGGAUGAAGAAUCCAACUCUCGCAACCGCAUAAAAAUGGUAUUCAUCGAUUCGUUAAAAUUUUAAAUACAAGUCUUGAGAAAUUGGCAUCUUUUCUUAGUAAAGGUAAACUUCAAAUUACACGGUCAGAGUUUCAAGAAUUAUCUGCGGAACAUUUUGAUUUGUCAUUCAGUUGUACAUCUGUAACUCAGAAAUUCAAUUGUUCGUGAAAGGCGUUUUGCAUCCUUAGAUUACAGUUCAUAAUGUGUGUUUUGACAUUUGCAGAAUUAGUUUUUACUGUCUCUACACUCAAUGGUAAUAAUAAAUUACUUUCUACUGG